UCUGCCUAUUUGACCGCAUCCGCCUCUGAAGAUUUCAUGUUCCCAUAUUCGUUUCGUCCAUUUUGCUCCCCGGCUGCAUUUCUGCAUUUCCACAGAUUUGUUCUCUUCUUCGUUGUCUUCCGAAUCUAGAAUCACAGGAUGACUGAACCACCUUUCAGGCCAAGAGAGAAGCUUUUGGAGAAGCAAAGGUAUUUCCAAAGCAUUCGAAAGCAUACGCACCUGAAAGGGCCAAUGGACAAGAUAACGUCCGUUGCCAUUCCUUUGGCUUUGGCUGGAUCCUCUUUGUUUCUCAUUGGGAGAGGGAUCUACAACAUGAGUCAUGGGAUCGGUAAGAAGGAAUAAGGAGAUUGGCCCCUUUGAAGUUUUGAUUGUUUUGAAUCUUGUCUUGAGAAUCUGCAUUUGCAAUGCUAAUAAAUCUGCAUGCAGACAAUUUAUUCACUUUUUGCAAUUUCUGAUUGUUUAAUGUUGUCAUGGAAGUUGGUUUUGUUUCAUGAUGAAUGAAUUUUGAAAGCUUCAAUUUGUUUGUUUAUGCCAUGGAAGCAUUGGGCUUUGAUCUUUGAUCUUUAGCUCAGCUGUUGUUAAAUUA